AUGGAUGGGAAUGAACCACUCUUGAUUUGUGCAAGAGGACAUGAUGCAGGACCUGGCUCAGUUUCUGAGGUCCACCUGAAACAUUUGCUGGCCUUGAAUCUCCGAAAACUUCGAGGAGCCGAGCAUGCUUUCGCUCCCAGAAGCUACAUUUUGCUGCCAGGCGAUUUUUUCAGGGAGGAGUUCAAUAGCUUUGUUUUGGACUUCAAAAUCUCACAAGCUUUGGCGCUUGUGAAACAUGUGGCGUGUGGAGAUGUUGAAGUGACUGGAGCUGGGAUCACCGGCUACACACCAGAAGGAUUAUGGGGUCGGGAACUUCCGACCAUUCGCUGGGAACCAGGGCCGGAAGCUCAUCAGCCGCUCUCAAAUGAGAUGGUUGAUGUGGCCCUGUCCAUCAUUGAAUGCAGGCUAUUUGAAGAUGACAGUAGCGAUCGUAAACCCCUGAGUGAGUUGGAGUGGAUCCAAAUUCGCAGCUUUGAUACCCAGAGUUCUUUGGAAAGCAUAUCAACUGCCCAGGUGGAGAGGUGUAGAAAUACCUGGAGCCGUGUGAAAGAUUUGAUGCCAGAACGUCAGGCAUCGUUGUUACAUCGCAAUUUUUGGGCCUUGAAACCCAGCUGCGGACAGUUUGGCCGCGGAAUUUUGCUGAUCGAUCGCUUGCCGGAAGACCCGGGGCAGCUACUUGAGUGGGCUGCUGCCGUCGGGCGCGGGGGACUUAAAGGUGGGAAUGAUGUCAAGGAAGGCGUUGUGUUACAAAAGCUCAUCGAGCAACCUCACCUGUUGGACAAGCAGCUGCUGGGAAACCUAGGAAAUCUAGGAAACCCAGCUGGAGAUUCAGUUUCUGGAGGGAAAUUCAAGUACAAUCUGCGGAUGAUUGUUCUAGCCACUUUGCGGUCGCCCUGCCGAAUAUGGCUCUACAACGAGGGCUUUGUGAGUUUGGCCCUUUGCCCAUUUACAUCACAACUUGAUCCUUUGAGUCACAUUACAAAUCUGAGGCAAGGUGCUGGAUACGAAAGCCAACGGCGCUGGCCCAUCCGUGAUUUGAAUUCCUACCUAGCAGCUAAAGGCAGACCAUCCUUUGAUGACAGCUUUCGUCCUCAAAUCGAGAGAAUCAUUUCUUCAUUGUUUUAUGCACUAAGUCUACAUCCCACAUCUCUUCUCCCGUUGGAUCCGUGUGAUGAAACGGGCGAUAUGGGCCGGAGUGCUGCUGGAAAGAAGCUUCGGCGUUUCGGCUUUGACUUUCUGAUUGAUCAGACCGAAACUGUUUGGUUUUUGGAAGUGAAUUUCCUGAAGAAUGGCUAUGCCAUCGGGCACGCCCAAAGUGGCCCUGCCGGUGAUGCCAAACGCGACUUCGUCCAGGACUUCAUGGUCGAAGAGACGGCAUUGAGGAAAGCAGUGGCGGGACAAACUCUGCCUGUCUCGAAAUUGGUGACCUUGAAAUCCAGUGAUUCAUGUCAUGAGCCGAUCGUUGGGAUUGCAGAUUGUGCUGCCAGAGACAAUGCGGAUGGAAAAAACAAGAGUCCUUAUGGACCUGGCGGCAUCUACCACGAAAAGCAGGUUGGUUCACUGUGUGCUUUGCAUUGUGUGAACAACCUGCUCCAGAAACCAGCUUACGACGACGGCUUCUUCAGGAUGGUUGCAAUGGAACUGGACAGCGCAGAGAGGAGGUUGUUGGGAGGAGACAACCUGGACUUCGGCAAUGCGCGCAUGGAUGGUUUCUACAAUGUGCAAGUGGUUCAGGAAGUCUUGAGAAAAGGGAACACUCGUAGCGGAGUGCCUAAGCUGGACAUGCUGCCGAUCUCCUCAGAGGCGGCCAAGGAAUGCAAAAUUGACCGGGUGAAGGAAACAGCGUUCAUCCUGAACAAGAAUGAACAUUGGUUCAGCCUCCGAAGGAUAGGUGCGGAAUGGUUUGACCUCAACAGCUGCCUUCCCAAUCCUGCACACUACACCCCUGGGGACUUGGACUUUCACAUUCGUGAUGCUGUCCGAGAAGGCUACAGCGUCUUCGUUGUGCGUGGGACCUUCCCCAAGUGUGAGUUGGAAGAAGAGCACAACCACAAGAAACUUUUAGAAGCAGUUCAAGGUUGUGGACGACCUGGACAGACAUACAGUCUGUUCGCUGGAUCUGGCCAAACAUUGAGUUCUGGCGGAGGGGCUGCCCAACCUACUGCCGCUGCUGCAGCACCUCCUGCUUCAAAUGAUGCAGCUGCUCUGAGGGCAGCACGACUUGCUCGUUUUGGAGGUGGUGGAGGUCCCGCUCCCGCCUCACCCGAAGCGGCACCGGCCCCGCCCACGGCCGCGCCGGCGCCUGCGGCCGCAGUGCCAGCUGCACCGGCUCCACCAGCUGUUCCCGAAGGGAAUCCGGCUUUGGAGCAGCUUGUGAGCAUGGGCUUUGAUCGAGAGCAAUCCAAAAAUGCCUUGGAGGCUGCCAAGGGGAAUGUGGAGCAAGCGGCAGCGACCUUAGUGCACCGAGGAGCGACAUGUGCUGUGGAAAUUGGGCAAUGUCUUGAUUCGACAACUCUGAAACGAACUCUGGCUGGGAGCUUGACUGAGCUUGACAUUUGCCUCAACAACUGGUGCAUUGGCGGCUUCAAGAUGGGUGGCAAGACAUGUCUCAAACUGGCUUCGACCCAAAGCGCUGCAUAUUUGGACAAAGUGGUGCAGCUUCGAGGGACACAGGUGCAACUCUCGCUCUGGGACACGGCUGGUCAGGAGCGGUUUCACUCCUUGGCACCCAUCUACUACCGGGACGCUGACGGUGCAUUGUUGGUUUACGACACCACAGAUGCUGAAAGCUUCAGGAGAGUAGCAAAAUGGGUCGAAGAACUUCAAGUUGCAGGCACCCAGUGCAAUCUGGCCAUCGUCGGCAACAAGUGCGACCUGCAGUCGCAGGCACGGGUUCCCAAAGCGGAUGCUGAGACCUAUGCCAGGAGCAUCAAUGCCAGGCACAGUUUGGCUUCCGCAAAGCUUGGGCAUGGAGUUGAGGAGGCAUUUGGUGCUCUGGUGGAGGAUGUUGUGGCCUCCAAAACGCGAGGUGAUACCGGACGGCGGACGAGAGCAACCCUCCUGGUGGCGGAGGAUGCACCCCCCACACGGAAAGGCUGUUGUGGAGGCAAUUGA